GGAACCGGUAACCACUACUGCAAAAAUGGCCAGCACCGUGCUGGAAGUCGGUACGGGCGUCUUCGUCAUUGCGAUCGUUUGGAUUGCAGCUCUUGUGUUUGGGAUGAUGCUGCUGAGAGCAUCCGGAUCUGCAAAGUUAGCUGUUAUCCCCAUUUUCUUACUGGCUCUCACCAUCACUUUAGUGCUGGUGUUUUUCCCUCGCAGCCCAGAGACAAUGCCCCCUUUCAAAGAGAUAGAGAUAGUGGACACUUUGUUCAUCGGUCGCUACAUACUGCUGGCGCUGGUGAGUGUAGUCUUUCUGGUGGUGUUCUUCAUGCUGCUACCCUUUCAUUUCCUGGAGCCAGUGUAUGCCAAGGCCUUAAGAAUACACUAGAGCUGCCAGGGUCAGAGCUGGCACCGGGAUCACAUCAGCAAUGUGCACAACUUAGGACAUGCAGGGCCGACAAGAGCCGCCCCCCCCCCCCCCCCCCCCUUCAUGUGGAAACAAACUACAGAUUACAUCCCACACAGAAUUGGUGUUU